AUGCUCAAGACUGGUCUGCUCAGGAGUAAGACAAACACUCGAGGAUCGAGGAUUGAGUUUAUUGCCCUGCCUCUUCGCCGCAUCUUGGCAGGGCACCUUGGAGUCGCCCUUUCUCUUGAGGCCCUAAUGCUGCUCUCGCGAUCUUCUAGCCGAAGCCAGCGGGACUCUCCGAGUUUUAGCAACAAAGGCCAAUACAUUACCACGACAUCGAAUUUUGUCGGGACUAUAGACGCUAUCGCCAUCAAGGACGAAAUGAAUCGACUGCGCGAUACAUGA